GGCGGCGGCGGCGUCUAAAGAGUUGCGUGAUGUUUCCUGUCUCCGCGACGGCGCCCUUAAAAACAGAGAUCAUGGCACGAACGAACCGCUCGUACAUUCUUCGUUCUUCCGGUCACUGAUCAUUCUUCAAAUGAAAGAUACAUCAGUAGUCUUCUUACAGUAGAGGACUCAACCUGUUUGAUUCGCGACCAUGGCAGAUUUUGGAGUUGCCAUUGUUGUUGUUGUUUGGUUGCACCUCUGUUUCUGCUUCUGCUUCUGCUUCUGCUUGAAUCAUGAAGGCGACUUGCUGUUAGAUGCCAAAGCAGGAUUGGAAGACCCCUCCCAUACCCUCUCCGAUUGGGACGCCGCCACCGACGCCAUUGCAUGCAGCUGGACCGGCGUCACCUGCUCCGGCGACACCGUCACCGCCGUCGACCUCACCAACUUGGGCCUCACCGGACCCUUUCCUGCCGCCCUCUGCCGCCUCCCCAACCUCGCGUUCCUCUCCCUCUCCUUCAACUACAUCAACUCCUCCCUCUCCGACUCCGCCCUCGCCCCCUGCGCCGUCCUCACUCAUCUCGACCUCUCGCAGAACCUGCUCGUCGGCCGCCUCCCUGACGCGCUCGCCGCGCUGCCUUACCUCACCUACCUCGACCUCUCCGGCAACAAUUUCUCCGGACCAAUUCCGCCGUCUUUCGGCCGGUUCCCGCGAAUCCAAGCGCUGUCCCUCGUCGCCAACCUGCUGACCGACAACAUCCCCGCCUUCCUCGGCCACCUGACCACUCUCCGCCAGCUUAACCUCUCGUAUAACCCCUUCGCCGCCGGCCGUAUCCCGCCGGCGCUAGGCGAUCUCGCGUCGCUGGAGGUGCUCUGGCUCGCCGGCUGCGGUCUCGUCGGCAAAAUCCCGCCCUCUCUCGGCCUGCUCUCCAACCUCACCGACCUCGAUCUCUCCGGCAACGCGCUCUCCGGCUGCAUCCCUGCCACCUUCGCUAACCUCUCCAGCGCCGUCCAGAUCGAACUCUACAACAACUCGCUCAGAGGCUCCAUUCCGCUAGGAUUUGGUAAGCUCCGUUCUCUGGUUCGGUUCGAUGCGUCGAUGAACAAGCUCGACGGGCCGCUUCCGGACGACAUCUUCGACGGCCCGCGGCUGGAGAGCGCCCACAUCUACUCGAACCGGCUCUCCGGCGGAAUCCCCGCCGGAAUCGCCCGGUCCACUAGCCUGGUCGAGGUCCGGCUUUUCGCCAACCGCCUCAGUGGCUCGCUUCCUCCCGACUUGGGAACGAAUUCGCCGCUGACGCUCCUCGAUCUCUCCGACAAUUUGCUCACCGGCAGCAUCCCCGCCAGCAUUUGCGACGGCGGUGCGCUAGAGCAGCUUCUCUUGAUGAACAACAUGUUCUCCAGUAGCCUCCCGGACGGCCUCUGCCGGUGCCAGAAGCUCGCCCGAGUCCGUCUCAGCAACAAUCGCCUCUCCGGCGAGGUUCCCGCCGGAUUCUGGGGCUUGCCGCACCUUUGGCUACUGGAACUCAGAGGCAAUUCCUUCUCCGGCGGGAUAUCUCCCCUCAUCGCCAGAGGCGCGAACCUCUCCGACAUCCUCAUCGAUGACAACCAGUUCACCGGCAGCAUCCCGUCGGAAAUGGGAUCCCUCUCGAAGCUCUACGAGUUCUCUGCUUCCAACAACCGGCUAUCCGGCCCGCUACCGUCGUCUCUUCGUAACCUGCGCGAGCUCGGUAAGCUCGACCUCCACCACAACCUCAUCUCCGGCGAGCUGCCUCGAGACAUCCACUCGUGGAGUAAGCUCAGCGAGUUGAACCUCGCCGACAAUGCUCUCGCCGGCUGCAUACCACCAGAACUCGGUGAACUCCCGGUGCUCAACUACCUCGACCUCUCCCGAAAUCUCCUCUCCGGCGAGAUUCCAAUCCAAUUGCAGAACUUGAAGCUCAACGAGUUCAAUUUAUCGAAUAACCGCCUCUCCGGAGCUCUUCCGCCUCUUUUCGCCCGGGAGGCCUACCGGAACAGCUUCCUCGGCAACCCGGAACUCUGCAAAGACUCAUCUGGCCUAUGCCCUGUUCCACAUGGAAGAAGCUACAGCCACAGCUUCAUCUGGUCGCUUCGCUGCGUCUUCGUAUCUGCCGCACUGAUCUUCCUAGUCGGAAUUGCUUGGUUCUCAUGGCGAUAUCGAAUCUACAUGAAGGAGAAUCUACCAUCGGACGAGUCCAAGUGGACACUGACUUCAUUCCACAAACUGAGGUUCAGUGAGCAUGAGAUUUUGAAUUGCCUCGACGAGGAUAAUGUGAUCGGCAUUGGAGGUUCAGGGAAGGUUUACAAGGCCAUUCUUAGCAAUGGUCAGAUUGCCGCCGUGAAGAAGCUGUGGGGUUCUUCGUAUAAGGACCAGUCGACUGACGAUAGUUUUGAAGCUGAGGUUGCCACAUUGGGGAAGAUCAGGCAUAAGAACGUCGUGAAGCUGUGGUGCUGUUGCAGCCACAGGGACUGCAAGCUUCUGGUCUAUGAGUACAUGCCUAAUGGGAGCUUAGGAGGCCUGUUGCACGGCAGCAAAGGAGGAAUGCUGGGCUGGCCGACGAGGUAUAAGAUCGCGGUCGACGCGGCGGAGGGCCUUUCGUAUCUCCACCAUUACUGCGUGCCCCCGAUCGUGCACAGAGAUGUGAAGUCUAGCAACAUCCUCUUGGAUGGAGAAUACAGAGCAAAAAUUGCUGAUUUUGGGGUUGCCAAGGUCACGGAGAUGGUGGAGAAGGGACCAAAAUCUAUGUCUGGAAUUGCUGGUUCCUGUGGAUACAUUGCGCCAGAGUAUGCUUAUACUCUUCGGGUUAACGAGACGAGCGAUGUAUAUAGUUUCGGUGUGGUUAUUCUUGAACUAGUGACCGGUAAACUCCCAAUCGAUCCGGAAUUGGGAGAAAAAGACUUGGUGAAGUGGGUAUCCAGCAUGGUUAGUCACAAGGGAAUGGAGCAUGUUAUUGACCCCAAGCUCAAUUUGUGCCACAAGGAGGAGAUCAGCAAGGUCCUCAGCGUCGGCCUUCUUUGUACUAGUUCGCUCCCGACUAACCGUCCCUCGAUGAAAAAGGUCGUGAAGAUGUUGCGGGAGGUUAAUGCGGAAAGAAAGCAAGGUGAAACCGCCGUCUUAUUGCUCGAAAGAUGCUCUUGAAUGAUUGUAGAAUUUGUUCAAGGGGAUAUGCAUUAGAAUUUGUUUUAGUAGUUGUCUUUUUUUUUGGCAAGGGAGAAUGAUUGUUGAUGGAUUCUAAUUGUUUGACAAAUUGGGGAAGGUUCCUCUGAUAUACUUACUACAUGAACUGUUAGCAAUGCAGCCAUUUAUGCUGGUAAAUGUAACAAAAGUAUUUGACCUCUAAGUAAAUUCUUAAUCUACA